GGCCAAAUCGAUUGGGCAGCUGGGGCAAGACCACUGGCGCGUCGCGCUGUUCAUUUAAGCUCGCAUUCAACAUUGGCGCGGUCCUCUCUCGCCCUGCAGCUUGUUUGAGACUGUUUUUCAAACCCUCUCUGCAUUUUAUCGUGUUGCUGGCGCAGCAUUCCCAUUUAUUCCCACGAGCCUGCUGCGGGCUCAUGCGGGGCGCGAAUCGCUCAGCUCGGACAUCAUGGCGAGUUUUAUGGCCAAUCUGUUCCCUGGCGGGAAGCAGGAUAAGACCGACGUGCGCCCCUCCACACCGACUCGGAACAACUUCAUCACCCCUGCCACCACUCCACAGGGCAGCCCCAGCAAGAAGACGGUUCCUCCCGGUGCCAAUGAACUCCCAGCCGCUUUCCAGGGCAUGAACAUCAAAGCGGCUCCCAGCGCCUUCGAUACUCCGGUGAAGCUGAGCCGGCCCCAAAGCGUUGUCGCGCCGCUGUCCCCCGGGAAGAGCAAUUUGCAGAACCUCGAUGAAGGCCCCUCAGCGGUUGACGACAGCGUUAUCCGCAAAGGCAUUGUCCGCACUGGAAGCCCCGUGCGGAACCAGGGUCAGGAAAACACGCCUCCGGUGCUGCCGCGGGAUCCGUUCGCCGAGCCGACCUAUCAGCCCAGCCAUGCCGCCAUCUCGCGCCAAGAGCUGUAUCAACAACAUAGAGACCGGCCGUCGCCAACCGUCAAGCGAUUCAACACAACUCGGGGCCUCAGCGCUGAGGAACGCGAGAUACUGCAGAGGCCCAGCGUCAAGCGACUGGUCAAUGUCACCCAGCUCUACUUCCUCGAUUACUACUUCGACCUUCUCACCUAUGUCAGCGCGAGGCAGAAUCGCCUCAACGCGUUCAAGGCGGAGUAUCCGCCGCCCCCGGAGACGGACCAGGAGACCUAUGACCAGAUGUGGUCAAAGUACACUGGCCGAGAGCGCGCCAAUCUCCGCAAGAGACGGGUGAGGCUGCGGCACGCUGAUUUCCAGAUUCUGACACAGGUCGGCCAAGGCGGCUACGGCCAGGUCUUCCUCGCGCAGAAGAAGGAUACCAAGGAGGUGUGCGCGCUGAAGGUCAUGAGCAAGAAGCUGCUGUUCAAGCUGGACGAGGUCCGGCACGUCCUGACCGAACGGGACAUUCUCACGACGGCCAAGAGCGACUGGCUGGUCCGCCUUCUGUACUCAUUCCAGGACGACAAGAAUAUCUAUCUUGCCAUGGAGUAUGUACCGGGCGGCGACUUCCGCACGCUGCUCAACAACACGGGUGUGCUGUCCAACCGGCACGCGCGCUUCUACAUCGCCGAGAUGUUCUGUGCCGUCGACGCCCUGCAUCAGCUGGGCUACAUCCACCGCGACCUGAAGCCGGAAAACUUCCUUGUCGACUCGACCGGUCACGUCAAGCUUACCGACUUUGGCCUGGCGGCUGGCUUCCUGGCUCCUUCUAAGAUUGAGUCGAUGAGGAUCCGGCUGGAGCAGGCGUCCGCGACGUCAGUCCCGUUCGGCAAGCCGAUGGAUCAGCGGACGAUUGCCGAGCGCCGGGAGGGCUACCGCACCAUGCGGGAGAGGGACGUGAACUACGCCAAGUCCAUCGUGGGCUCGCCGGAUUACAUGGCCCCGGAGGUGCUGAGGGGCGAGGAGUACGAUUUCACGGUCGACUACUGGAGCCUGGGCUGCAUGCUCUUCGAGGCCUUGACGGGCUUUCCUCCCUUUGCAGGGGCGACCGCUGAUGAGACGUGGCGAAACUUGAACCACUGGCGAGAGGUGCUCAAGCGGCCGGUGUGGGAAGACCCGAACUACUUCUUGAGCAACCGGACCUGGAACUUCAUCACAACUUGUAUCAACUCGAGGUCUAAGAGAUUCUCGAACAUCAAGGAUAUCUACGACCAUCAGUAUUUUGCCGAGGUCGACUGGCCCGUGCUGCGCGAAACCAAACCGCCCUUUGUUCCCGAGCUGGAUUCGGAAACCGACGCGGGCUACUUCGACGACUUCAGCAACGAAGCAGACAUGGCCAAGUACAAGGAGGUGCACGAGAAGCAACAGGCGCUCGAAAACAUGGCGGAUCGCGAAGAGGAGAUGAGGAAGAGCCUGUUUGUCGGGUUUACCUUCCGGCACCGCAAACCGGCCACCGAUGAGGGCACCCCGCGGAAGCCGAUUCCAUUCGAGGAGAACGCCUUCGGCACUAUGCUGUAGUGCCAGCAGCGGCGGGCCAAGUCCCUAUACCCGCGAUCCGAGAAGCCCCGGGGCUCGCGGUAGUGACGGGAGUUGCAUGCCGAGCGGUUUCUUCAGGAGUUUUGGGGUAGUAUGAAGGGGCGGAACAUUUUGACGGCAUAGCGAGGGGGGUAAUGAAUGACACGGAUGGGUAACGGCGACGGUCCGAAAGGUCAGCUUCAGAUCCCCCUUUUUCUUC